AUGGACACAAAACCGAUUACUUCACAGAAUAGCAUGGGACUCAACGAGGUCCAGAGGCGGGAUGCUCUUGCUGUACCCAAGCACUACGUCUUCCUAGCCUUCCAACGCAGAAUAAUGCUCACCAAUAACCAUGUGACGAAGUACUUCGCCACCGUCACCCAACCAGCCAACCCGGAGAUCUUCCUCUGUCACUGGGUCAAUGAGGAGUACCUCAAGCAUUUUGCCUGGAAGGAGGCGGUUCCAUCGCCAUGGGACGACAGUCCAAAACUGAUAAUGCUGCUCACCCAGACAGAGAUCGCCCGCCUCGAGACUUGGUUCUACGAAUUUCAUGCGGCUAGAUAUGGUGUCACCGGGGGCAACUUGGCCCUGUUCCUCGGUCUGGGCAAGCUCUUUUAUCAACCUGGAGGUGAUCGGUACGAGUGGCCGCAACAUUCCCUAGGACACCCACAAAUUUCGGGCGUAACGUGGACAGAAUCGGGCUGUCAAUUCUGGAGAGAAGAGUCCCAACAGGCCCAACCGACAAAGACGUUGCUCUAG